UGGUGCAAAAUGCUUUCUAUCAUAAUGAAUUAUGGACUCAAAAUCAAUUAUAGAGAACACACCAAUGGUUAGCUUAUCAGGUGAGUAAAAUAAAUUCUGAAAAAGUGAAAUCAGUUUUUAACGUUUGUUAACUCAAAUUAUCAUUUGACGCCACUUUCACUUCCAGUUUCCCACCCCUCCCGAACUCGCCGCAAAAACAAUGGACGACGACGGGAUCGAGAAGCUAACCGUCUCCGACGACGGAGAAGCAGAAGCAGCGUUACAGAAAAAGCACUUAUCAAUGCUCGAGCGUCUCUCCAAACGCCACCAACAACAACCGCGUUCAGACACCUCCGGUUCCUCCCUCGACUCCACCUCCUCCUUCCUCUCACGCUUCUCCGAUCUCAAAGCCUCCAUCGACUCUCGCCUCGCCGAGUCCCAAUCCAUCUCCUCCGAUCCUUCUCAGCUCAAAACGCACUUCAACGACAUCACCGCCUCGAUCUCCGAUUUGGAAAAGCUCGUCGCUGAAAACUCGUAUCUCCUCCCCUCUUACGACGUCCGGUCCUCCCUCAAAACCGUCUCCGAUCUCAAACGCAGCCUCGACAGCCUCUCAUCGGAGCUAAUCCCGAAGAAGAAGUUCUCGUUCAAGAGCAAGAACGCCACCGCCAAGAGAGAUAAGGAUUCCGUUGUUCCAGAACCCAAACAAACACCACCUCCGGAUCGCGAUUCUGUGAAAUCGAGCUUCGUGCCGCGUGAUUCGCCGGGGUUUAGGAACGAAACGGGUAGGGUUUUGGUUGAGGAGUUCAGGGGAUCAGAGGUUGGGGAGUUCACAGUUUCAGAUCUUGAUUCCUGCGAGGUGAGGAUAAUUGGUUGCGUGAGGGCGCUUUUCGUGCACAGGUUGAAGAAUUGUAGGGUUUACGUCGGGCCGGUGACGGGGUCGGUUCUCAUUGAGGGGGUUGAGGGUUGUGUGUUCGCGUUGGCGUCGCAUCAGAUUCGGAUUCACGGUGCCAGGGGGAGUGAUUUCUACCUUAGGGUUAGGAGCAGGCCUAUAAUCGAGGAUAGUAAUGGUGUGAGGUUCGCGCCGUAUUGUUUGAGCUACCAGGGGAUCGAAGAAGAUCUUCGCGGUGCUGGUCUCGAUGCUGAGACCGGAAAUUGGGCCAAUGUGGAUGAUUUCAAGUGGCUGCGCGCGGUGCAGUCUCCGAAUUGGUCAAUUUUGCCGGAGGACGAGAGGAUUGGGAUUGUUGAUAUAUCCAAUUCGGAAAAUGGGAAGGAGGAAAUUUGAUUGUUUUUGGUUAGAGCCAUUUGGUUCUUAAGCUUAGGUAUGUUUAUUUUGUCCGAAUCUGAUGUUAAGAUUCACAUGAUUUUGGGUAUACAGAUUGUUCUGAUGUUAAGAUUCACAUGAUUUUGCCGAUACAAAUGGUUCUGGUCCUUUCAUUGAUGUUUAUUAUUACAGAGGAAGUGAGUACAUACAAAAGAGUUAUCUGGUCAAUGCUUUCUGGUUGUUUCUGUGCUUGGAUGUUACUUGUUCUGUUGUGUUUGAGCUGGAGUUCAUUAUGAUAUGCACUAUAUGCGCAAGAUAGUAAUUUGGGGAAGUUUUGUUGUGCAAUGCUCUAAGUUGUGCUCUCCUCUUAUCCUGCAAUAAGUUGUGCUUUAAUUAUUUAUUUUUAGGGUGACCAAGCUUUGCUUAGGAACAUCAAACAUGUGUUUUAGGGUAUAUACCUUUUAUUUAGGAUUGUAGAACACUGAAGAUAAGAUGUUGGAGUGUUGGGAAGUCUGGCGUAGGGGCACAGGUUAUCAAGGAUUACAAAUUUGAUUAGAAUCUAAUGGGGUAUUGCAGGAAAAAAUGGUGAUCUAUAUUGAUACUUACCUGAGUUGAUGUUGAUACUUCACCUCUUAUUAUAUUCUCAUUACUUCAGUUUUGUUUUUAUUUGAAUUUUAGCCCAUUUAGAUUCAUGAUGUGCGUGAAUCGUGAUGUAAUGGCUCUACUAUAGUACUAUAGAACCUUAAUAGCAAAUUGAAAUAGGUGUUUGGGUUACUGAGGUUCUGUGAACUAUUUUGAUUUAAUUAACAUCAAUGAUGCCUAAUUGUUGUAAAGAUUAUUAA